GAGCGUGUGCCCCCAGCUGUCACCCCAUGCUGGGGGAGUGUGUCUGCCACCCUGGCUGGGCCGGGCUCUUCUGCAAUGAGAGCUGCCCCCCCGGCUCCUUCGGGCCUGGCUGCCUCCAGAGCUGCCUCUGCCUCCACGGGGGGGUCUGUGACGGGACCACCGGCCUCUGCCGCUGCCCCCCCGGCUACACGGAUGAGCACUGCUCCUCCCUGUGCCCCCCUGACACCUUUGGGGUGAACUGCUCGGGGCGCUGCUCCUGCCAGCACGCCCUGGCCUGCUCCCCGCUCGACGGGUCCUGCUUCUGCAAAGAAGGCUGGCACGGACCGGACUGUUCAACGCCGUGUCCCGCUGGUCUUUGGGGUCCCGGCUGCAACCAGAGCUGUGACUGCGCCCACGGGGCGUCCUGCGACCCCCAGAGCGGGACCUGCCGGUGCCCACGGGGCUGGCAGGGCCCCCACUGCCUGCAGCCCUGCCCGAACGGGACGUUCGGAGCGGGCUGUGGGGGGCACUGUGACUGUGCCCACGCCGACGGCUGCGACACCGUGACGGGGGAGUGCCACUGCCUGCCCGGCUGGACGGGGCCGCAGUGCAAGCAGGGCUGUCCCCAGGGCUCCUGGGGCCGGGGGUGCCGCAUGUCCUGCUCCUGCCGCAACGGGGCCUCCUGCUCCCCCCAGGACGGAUCCUGCGCCUGCCCCCCGGGGUUCCGCGGCCCCUCCUGCCAGCGCCCCUGUCCCCCCGGGCGCUACGGCAAGCGCUGCUCCCUGAGCUGCUCCUGCGCCAACGGCUCCUCCUGCCACCCCACCAACGGCUCCUGCCUCUGUGCCCCGGGCUGGCGGGGCCCCCGCUGCUCCCAGCCCUGCGCCCCCGGCUCCUGGGGGGACACCUGUGCCCAGCCCUGCCUGUGCCACCACGGGGGGACGUGUCACCCUGCUGAGGGGACCUGCCACUGCCCGGCUGGCUGGAGAGGGACGCUCUGCGAGGAAGCCUGUGCCCCCGGGACCUUCGGGCUCCAGUGUGACCAACUCUGCCGCUGCCCCCACAAUGCCACAUGCCACCCUGCCACCGGGACGUGUCCCUGCCCCCCAGGCAUGACCGGGCCCCACUGUGAGGCCGGGACCCCUGAGCAGCCCUACACCAUUGUGCCGGCCCCCCCUGCAGCCUACAGCUCCCUGGGGCUGGUGCUGAGCCUGGUGGCCCUGGUGGCACUGCUGGUGGCUGUGGUGGUCAUGGCCCUGUGCUACCGCCACCGGCAGAAGGGCAAGGAGAGCCGGCACCUGUCCGUGGCCUACACGGCGGGACAGACGGACACCUCCGACUACAUGGUGCCAGACGUGCCACCAAGCCACCACGCACACUACUACUCCAACCCCAGCUACCACACGCUGUCCCAGUGCCCGCUGCCACCCCCCGGCCCCCAGGACAGAGCCAGCUCCCUCAAGGUGCCCGGCCCACAGCUCUUCCCUGGCCUGGAGAGACCCUACGGCCCCGAAGGCAAUGCCACACUGCCCCCUGACUGGAAGCACCUCGGGGCAUCAGCCCUGGGCCCCAGGGGGGGGCAGCUGGACCGGAGCUACAGCUACAGCUACAGCUACAGCCCUGGGCUGGGGAAGGGUGACAGCAAAGAGCACUCCCGGGAGGGGCUGGGGGCCAGUGCCAGCUCCCUGGCCAGCGAGAACCCCUAUGCCACCAUCAAAGAGCUGCCCAUCCCCACUGCCAAGGCCCCCGAGGGCAGUUACAUGGAGAUGAAGUCCCCUGUCCGGCGGGAGAUGUCCUACGCCGAGAUCGGGGUCCCCGAGGAACCGCCCCAAGAGGAGAGUGGCCCCACACGCACAGACCCCCCCAGCCACUACGACUCCCCCAAGAACAGCCACAUCCCCAGUCACUACGAUGUGCCCCCCGCCCGCCACUACCCCCCGUCCCCCCCGCUGCGCAGGAAGGACCGCUGAGGGACCCGGGGGGGGACACAGGACUGACCAGGAGGGGACAGAGCAUCCCUGCGGGGACUGGGGUGCUCUGGGGCUGCCCCUGAGCCCGCGGUGCAGGCAGUGAAUAAAGGGUGUUUGGUGUGGAGCGA